UUCUUUCCUUAGUAGACAGAUUUUCAAUUGUUAAAUUAUCAAUUUGGUAUGUCUUCGAUCCCCAUCGAUCGUCCUCCUUGACAAUUAACAGUUUAGUCUCACUAAUGCUAUUGUUUGUCAAAAAUAUCAACUUGGGAUGAAAAAAGGUUGAAGGACCAAAAAGAAAAAUCCCUACGAUUUAUGGGCAAACAUGGAGUGCAGUUUAAUAAACCCCGACGGCAUAUCUCGGCUUCGUUCCGUCGUUGCAAGAGUGGGAAGGUGCAGGGUUCCCAAACUUGCGGAAUUGCAGAGAGCUUUUUCAGAAUCAAUGGCGGCGAACAAACUUAACCCAUAAAGCCCAGCCUCCUCCUCCCCUCCUGCCGCUUGCCUCCGCCCUCUCUCUCUCUCUGUCUCUCUCUCCCCUUACCUACAUUAGGACCCAAUUCACACUUUUUCUCAAAUUUCUCAUCUCUGUACCGAUGGAGCAUUCACUAUACAACACCCACGUAAAACUCUUGGCCUUCGACCUCAACUCUCUCACCCAAACCUCCUCCUCCUCCUCGGACCCAAUCUCCUUCUCCCGCAACGGCGCUCUCCUCUCCCGCGCUGAGACCGUCGGCACCGUCACCUCUCACUACCUCAAACCCAACAAGUUCCUCAGGUUCACCAUCGACGACGGCACCGGCUGCGUCAGCUGCAUUCUCUGGCUCAACCAGCUCUCCUCCCCCUACUUCUCCCGCCGCAGCCCGCCAGAUGUUCGACUUAUUGCCCAAAACGCAAUGCGCUUCGCUGCCGAGAUUAAGCUCGGCGUGGUGGCCAGAGUGCGCGGGAAGAUCACCAGCUACAGGGGCGUUACGCAAAUCACGGUGUCGGACGUCGUGAUCGAGAGAGACCCCAACGUGGAGAUGUUGCACUGGUUGGACUGCAUCAGGUUGGCUCGAAAAGUUUACAACAUCGAUCGUUCCUCAUUCAAAUAAAUAGAAUUUAAUUUGGUGGAAUUGGGGUUUUGGUUUCAAUUAUUGUUGCACUUUGCUAUUCCUAAACCUAAACAAUAUCUCCUUCAGAAUUAGGCAAGUUGGCUAGAUCAGCGCGCUCCUCCUCUAAAAGCUUGAAUCCCGUUCUUUUUCCGGCCCUGUACUUGUAAUGUAAGUUUCCUUUGGGGUGGAGAUAACAUACACAUUCCGUCGUAAACGAGGUUUAUUCCAGUUAAA